AGAGCGGAAGACUGGAAGUAGUGAUUUUCGUUCAGUCUGGCAGCCCUGCCUGUAAGCCCUCUUGGUCAGCGACGGGAAAGGAGGGGCAUGCCCCUUUAGAUACUGAAGGGCCACUCUCAGCUCUCCCUGGAGCCUUCUGCUCUCCAGGCUGCACACCUUCGCAGCCCUUCUCUCAGCCUCUCCUGAUAGAGAAGGUGUUCCAUCCCUUAAGUUAGUUUUGCAACCCUCCUCUGGGCACACUCUGACUAUGGACCUGUCCUUCCUCCCAAGGGGACAAGAAGGGAUGUGGUACAGUAAUGCCCUACUUGGAGCUGCACCUUACCAGCAGCAUCAGCUAGAAGGGCUGGAGAGCACUUUGCUUGCACUUUGCUCCCUCUCCAUUGGUCACCCAGCUCAGUUCAGCAAGGUGGUUGGGAUGGGGAUGUGUGUACAGCCAGGCGCCGGGGCACUGGAGCAGAACGAAAGGCGCUUGAUCCCCACGUCCAGGCAAGGGGCGGUGCGGUGCAGCCCGGCCUCUCAGGGGACAGCCGGGCACUGCGGCAGCAUGCAGGGGCUGCUGCUGUGCGGGGGGUGGCUGCUGGCUGCUGGCUACGUGCUGGGUGGCUGCCGGCACCGCUGUUGCCCAGGCAGGAACAACGCCUGCUGGGCCAGCAGUGCACGCCACACUCGCUGCUAUUGCGACUCGUACUGUGAGAGGACAGGUGACUGCUGCCAGGACUACCAGGCUGCGUGCCGCCGUGCUGCAGUGGGCUGUGCAGUGGGGCCGUGGGGGCCCUGGAGCAGCUGCAGCUCCCCAUGCGGGGUGGGCAGCAAAGACCGCAGCCGCCAGGUCACCGUGCCCCCCCAGCACGGCGGGGAGCCCUGUCCCGACCUCAAGCAGCGCCGUGGGUGCCUGGGGGAUGACCCGGCCUGUGAGGCUGCCAAAGGGGUGGCCAAACUGCUCCCCGAUUCCUUCAGCCCAGACAUCAGGGAUCCCUGGCGCAGAACUGGGAUGCAGCAGUCAGAGGAGUCACCCAGCUCCCACCUCCCCAUCUCCUGCAGCUUUUUCCGCCUGACGCAGGUGGCAGCUGCCUGUCGUGGGCAGCCCUGGAGCCGCAGGCUACAGAGGGACAGGCGGGUGUGCGUUGAGUGCUGGGGGGACACAGCCCAUGGGCAUCCCCAGUGUGAUGGAUAUGGGGUGCAAGGAGCCAGGACGUUUUGGGUGGCCACCUUCAUAGCAGGGUGCCAGGGCUCGUGGGUGCGGGAGGCUCUGCAGGAGGGCUGCGCCUGUCCACCCCCAGCAUUCAUCUUUGUAUAGGUGAGCAGAGCCCAAUUCCUUUAAGGGCAUCUCGGCUGCUUGGUGUGGUGUGAGGAGCACAAUUAAAGGUGGCACCGAAAGCAAGGGCAUGG